AAACCACCACUGUCUGCCAACCCAGAAACAUCUAAAUUAUUCGAGACACCACAGGAUUAUGGCCGCACAUUUUAGCCGGUUUAAUUAUCCACAGAGAGUGAACAUUCAAAUUAACAUACUGUACAGGUAAAAGUAACCAACGGUCAAAGGGUGCUUGCGUGCAGCGCUAUAAAGGAACAAACGCCUCCGCCCACUCCUCGAUGCUAGCAGGUCAUGUGGCCUCCCCCACUGUUUGGAUUCAACUUUGGGCAGGCGGGGUAGAGAUGGAGGACAAAUGCAAACCUGUGCAUAUUCCUUGAGAAUCAAGCAAGUGCACUGGUUUAAUAUGGAGCAAUUACACUGAUAUUUGUGCAGUUACACAGGAAGCUCGGCACUCAAUUCCAGUCGGAAGACAUGGAGAUAACGUCGGACGGGGAGGUGACAGAACACAGGCGCGAGCUCUGGAAGUUGCUGUCCAGCCUGAAGACCACAGUGGAGGGCCUACUGUCCACAAACAACCCUAAUGUUUGGUCCCGCUACGGUGGUCUGCAGCGCCUGCACAAAGACAUGAACAACAUUCUCAGUCACGGUCUGAAGAAUGAGCAGGUGUAUUACAAGCAGAGAGACUACUGGCCAUUUGUCUGGUGUGUUCGUCAUAUCAAACCCCACCUUGCCUCACAUGUUGAACAGUUCAGUCAAUUGGAACCCGUCCUAAGCAGCAGGAUGCAGAGUGCCGGUGAGAGUUACAAGGCUGAACGCUGGUUGCUUUACAGCUUGCAGGUUCACAUACUAUCCGCUCAGCUCAAACCUCUACUUAGGCAUCAAGGACAUACAAGAAAAUACUACAACGAAGAUGCCUUCUUGCUCAGUGAGCCACACGUCACUGCCAUGUUCCAGUGUCUUGAAGCCGUGGAGCAGAAUAACCCCAAACUUUUAGCUCAAAUAGACACCGUGGCGCUGUCCCCUCUCAAAAACCCGCCGUGCCUCGGCCUUUUGAAGAGCCAGAGCCUGUGCGUGCUUCCUGGGGCUGGCGGGCCUUGGAGAAGCGCUGACUUGGCAGCCCCAAGAGAAUCUUUAAACCGGAGGCUCACCACAUCCAACUGCUCCCUCAGAGAUGUGGCUGUCACGACCAACAAAGGCAACAUGAUAGGAGGCGACAACAGCGCAAAUGCUACCUCACAAGCUAGCACCUUUGGUCCUCCUUGGGUGUGUGUGACCAGCCCGCAAGAGAGCGGACAGGAUGUGACACCCCCUUCCGGUCCCUCCAGCUCAUUUUCAGAGUCACUCUCGCCCUCCUCCCUGCAGCCUGAUAGGGGAGAUUUAGUUGACAGUGAAUAUGAUGAUGGUCCAGAGUACCUUGCCAUUGGUAACCUUGGCCAACGCAGUCGACGAAGCACCCAAAGCUCCACACACAGCAGCGAGCUCAGCGUGAGCCAGGACCAAUCCCUGCAGCCAAAAUCUUUGGCUCCACCACCACCCAGGCGCUCAUCUUUUUCAGAGGGCCAGAAAGAGCCAGGGCGUGGGUCUCGCGGACACACACGGUCAUUUUCCGAUACAGGGAUUAACCACAAACUCAGGAAAGGAGGGGCCCACCGGAAAAUCACCAUAAUAAUAGAGGAUCCGGUAGCAGAAACCUUGACCGAAGACUGCUGCAUUAAGGAGUACAACCCUUUUUCGCCUCAGCUCAGUGAUGCCAGCACGCCCACUUCCCUUUACAUGGAGUCUUAUGGGUCCCAGUACAACAAACCACAAGAUACUUUGUUUAGAAAGCCAUCAGAGGGUCAGAGUCUCAUCAGCUAUCUGUCAGAGCAGGACUUCGGCAGCUGUGCCGACCUUGAAAAGGAGAACGCUCACUUCAGCAUCUCUGAGUCGCUUAUUGCCGCCAUUGAGUUGAUGAAGUAUAAUCUGAGGCGUCAGCAGCAGGAAGAGGGAGAGGAGGAAGGAGACAGCGACUCUGAGAUACAGCAACUCAAGCAGAAGAUCCGCCUGCGAAGGCAGCAGAUCCGUCGCAACCGCCUGCCACCCUCCACACCUUCACAACACUUGUUUCAUUCAACUGAUAGCAGCGGUUCAAGGAGGAGCUCCCAGGACUCUCAUGGCCUAUCCGAUUCAGACUCUGCUGACGAGGUGGAAGAGUGUGAAUUACAAGAUGGCUGUGAGGGCCAGUCCCUGCUGGCGGUGUCUCAGAACGGCCUGUCCUUGUCACUUGCCUCCCUCUUCUCAGAAGCAGACAUAAAACGCAGGGCAAGCUCCGGCAACAGGUCUUUUCUGAGCUCCGAGUCCAUUUCUCCAUCAUUCCUCCAGUCUAACUCUGCGGAGUCGGUCGCCAUGGGUUUGCUCAGACAGUUUGAGGGUAUGCAGCUUCCUGCCGCUUCUGAGCUUGACUGGCUGGUUCCAGAACAUGAUGCGCCACAGAAACUGCUGCCCAUCCCAGACUCUCUGCCCAUCUCCCCUGAUGAUGGAGAGCAUGCAGACAUCUACAAGCUAAGGAUUCGGGUACGAGGGAACCUGGAGUGGGCACCACCCCGGCCACAAAUUAUCUUCAACAUUCACCCUCCGCCCAAGAGGAAGACUAUUGUCGCAAAACAAAAUUACCGCUGCGCUGGCUGCGGGACUCGCAUCCACCCAGACUAUAUUAAGAGACUACGUUACUGCGAGUAUCUUGGUCGUUACUUCUGCCAAUGCUGCCAUGAGAAUACCCAAAUGGUGGUUCCCGGUCGAAUACUGAUGAAGUGGGACUUCAGCAAAUACUACGUAAGCAAUUUUGCCCGUGACUUGCUGUGCAAGAUUGCUGGAGAUCCACUCUUCAACACAAAUGACAUCAACAGCAGCCUCUACAAGAAAGUGAAAGCUUUGGAGUCUGUCAGGGUUUUAAGAAUGCAGCUGUUUCAUAUGAAAAACCUCUUCAAGACAUGUCGCUUUUCAAAAGAUGUUCUUGAGCAGUUUGACAUCCUUCCGGGUCACCUGACCGAGGACCUGCACCUUUUCUCCCUAAAUGACCUUUCAUCCGUACGCAAUGGAGAAUUGGCACCUCGAAUGAAGGAACUGCUUAAACUCGGGACUGUGCACGUAGCUGGCUGUGUGCUGUGCCAGGCAAAGGGCUUCGUAUGCGAGUUCUGCGGCAAUGACAAAGACAUCAUCUUCCCAUUUCAACUGAGCAAGUGCCAGCGCUGCGAAGAGUGUCAUGCAUGUUACCACCGUGGCUGCUUCAGGGGCAACAAGGACUGCCCCCGGUGUCUGAGGCUGGCCGAGCGCAGAGAGAGGAUGGCGCGCAGGAACAUGGAGCAGCAAGAGGACGAAGGUGGCGGAAGUUAGUGAAGAAAUGUCGGAGAAAAGAACUAGUAAAGGAGCACAAUGUGACCAUGAUUGUAAAUGACUCCCUCCGUCGCUGCGUCAAGCUAACUGCUGUUUAUUUUCACAAGCACCUUUCACUCAAGCACUUAACAAUGGAGAACGUGUCUAAUGUGAAACAUGAGAUUUGUGGUGAUUUUGUGAGAAGUGUUUUCUGCCAUGCAAGGUCAAUUCCUCUACUAAAAAGGCAAGCUAUGCUGCAGCACCACAGAGCCAAAGAUUGUUCUGUUUUAUUGGCACUCAAUUUCUUUUCCUCUGCAGUAAAUUUGCACACUUGACAGCUAAUUAAACACCCAGGGUUGAUAUUUGUCUUCUAUUUGUUUUAUUAUUAUUUUUAAGUUACUGGUAAGUUUCUUUUACAUUCUUCAAAACUAUUUAGUACUAGUGAUUUUGAUUUAUAAAUGCCAAUUUGUUUUAAACAAAAAGUAAAUCAAAUGACCUGACAUUUAAUGUACAUUCCCACAUAUUUUCUAAUUUUGAAUUUUGUUUUUAUUUUCUUAGCAAUAGAAACAUGUCUCAAGACCAAAAAGAUAUGCAGGGCUAGUUUGCCAGGCUAACUGUUGACUGGGGAAAUGUCACCAGUAAAGUUACAACUACAGCGAAACUUGUUGGUAAGCUAAAACUUUUGCCGGAACUUUGAAGCAACUAAACGUAGCUCAUGGUCUCGGUAAGCCUCUUGAGCAUCAAAGGUACUAGACAGAAUAUACUAACAAUAAAGUUAAGCUGUUCAUCUGUUUUCUAGAUUUUUUUUUUUUUUUAUUUAUUUUUUUUAGGAAGGCAAGAUCUAUCACUUGAUGAA